GGAAGGAAGUCCGAGUGGAAGAAGGUAACCAGUGGAGUUCCACAAGGGUUGAGAAACCAAAUGUUGGUGUUAUUGGAGUGAGUAAAGGGGGUGACUUGGCUCUGUCCAUGUCCACGUUCAUCCCGGAAGUCACAGCUGGUGUCUGCAUCAACGGCAGUAUCAGCAACAUCCAGUCAAGGCUUAAUCUACACAAUGGCUCAAUACCACCAUUAAAUUUUGAUAUCGGAAAAAUAGAGAUGGUUGAUGGUGUUAUGGACUGCUAUGAAUCGGUGGAUGACCCGAAGGAAUACCCUGAGACAAUCAUUCCUAUUGAAAGGGCUGAUGCAAAUUUCCUCUUCCUGGUUUCAUGUGAUGACAGAAACUGGAAGUCUGAAAUGUUUGCAGACCUUGCUGUGGAGCGCCUCAGACUGGCUGGCAAAACAAACUACACAGUUAACAAGUAUCCUGGGGCUGGCCAUCUCCUGGAGCCUCCUUACUCCACUUUCUGCUGGGCCUCCUACCACAAAUUGAUCAGAGCGGGCAUGCUAUUGGGUGGCUCCAUAAGGCCUCAUGCAGAUGCCCAAGUGCACGCAUGGGAUGCAUUAUUGACCUUCAUUUGCAAGCAUCUGAAGAACCAAACUGUCUUUAAAGGAAAGCUCUAGGUCUUAUAAUCAGUGGUGGGUCAUCGUUAAGAUUAGUCGGGGUGCUACAUCAGAGAAUUAUUAGCCAGUUUUAAUGUGUAAAAAGCAAAACAGACAUAAAAGAAAUUGUACUCUUGACUCUUGUCUACUCAGGUACAGCUGUACAACCUCAUUUUCUGUGAUUUAUUUAAUAAAAAACAUUAUUUAAGGGUAA